UGAGCGGAAAUGAGGGAGGGCCGGAAAUCGGGGGGGAGGGAAGGAAUAGCCAGUGGCGCACGAUUCGAGAAGCUUCGACUGGAGUAGGCCGCAGGAUAGAGGCGCGGAGAUUUGAGGAGUGAACCGCCAGAGCGAAGGAGGCGCUGGAUGCGGAGCCCGCUCUCCGGCCCUUUGUUUUUAAUAACAGUUCCAGUGGAGGUUUAAAUGUUCCGCCCGAAUUUCCGUCCGUCGCAGCCGGGGUUCCGGAGCCCGCCGCCGCCCCCAGGCCCAGGCCCGUUCCCCGGGGUGGGGCAGGCCGGCGGCAUGUACCCCUGGGGCAGCUCGGCCACCCCGCCUUACGGAGGCCGGCACCGGCGUUACAGCAAAUCCCCCCAGCAACAGCAGCAGCAGCAACAGCCAGGUCCGGGCUCGGGGCCUUUCCAGCACCGUUACAACAGCCCGUCUCCCGGGCAGCAGCAGCAGCAGCAGGGCUUCAGCCCCCGGCACCGGGGCCGCUACUCCUCACCCCCCUUCCAGCACUCGCUCUCCCCCGGCCCUCAGCAACACUCCCCGAGCCCGGCCCACCGCAAAUACCAGGGCUCGCCCAGGACAUCCACCCCGUUCAGCGGCGGAGGCGGUGAGAGGAGAUCCCCGGCGCCGGUGGAACAUUACUACAAACCCUCCAUGCUGCAGGACCCAUGGGCUAACCUGGAGCCGGUCUGUGUCUCUGACAUUAACCAACAGUACAGCAACCUGCAGACCCCUAGCACUGGCAAAGGAGGGAGAUAUUUCAGUUAACAGCAAAAAAAAACUUUCAACAUUAUCCUUUUUUUUUGUGUAUCUGCCAAAGGUAGAAUAGCUCCCUCAACAUUGUUGAAGAACUGUUGUGGUUCCCACUGUCAUUGCUUUCCAGAGACAGUUGUGUUUUUUAUUUAACAAAAGUUUUGAUUACAAUUAUUUUGCAGGAUCGACUUUUUAAAAAUGAGACCUAUUUUUUUACCCACGCACCAGUUUUCCUUUUCUUUUGGCAACACAAUGGGCUUGUUGGAUGUUACCCAGGAGAGUACUAACUACUUCAGAAUUAGGAAGUGCCUGCUCAGAAGAACUCUUAAAAUGUUCUUUAAAAUCACCAGCCAGUGAACAGUGACUAAUUAUUUUACAGGUGUCCACCACUCCUAUGCAUUAAUGAACAGGUUAGACAGCAUGUCGUCUGAUUUUUACUGUAAGCCAUUGAAAUGGUAAUUUUUUAAAAAUUUUGUCAACUUUUUUAGAUUGAAGAUAACUCCAGUGUUUAAUUUUGUAAAAUCCAUGUUUCUAGUUUGUGUGUGUGUGUGUUAGUAUAAAUGAAAGUGAUUCAUGUCUGGUUUAAUAAUGAGAUGGCAAUUCUUGGGUAUGUGCAGUAAAGGUAUGCAAUGUGCUGGUGUUCCUCCUGUUUUCAGUAUUUUUGUUUUUGAAUAUUUUUUUCAGAAGUGUGCAAAAGUACAAUUUGAGCAAAUGUGCAUUCAAUUUGAAAACUUGUGUUCUGGUAAUAAUGGUGGGGAAUAUGGAUUGUCUUUGUACUGUAAUUAUUGCAAAACAUGGUAUUUGGUAGAUUAUAAACCUACCAGCAUACAUGGGGGAGAAUUUUAUAGGGUAAAUGGAGAGAGAGAGAGAGAGAUUUCUCUCAAUGACUGAUAGCUCUGGUUGUCUCUUACCUUGGUAUUUAUCAUAAAAUAAAGUUUGCUUGAUUUGUUUUUUUUAAAUCUUAUUAUAGAAGAAAGCUGUUUUUCACUCCCUUCAACUCUCCGUGGAUAGAUGUGUAUUCUAUUAAUUCUGCUUGCAAGUAACCAGGGUUUUAACAGCUACCUUCUUGGAUUAUGGAGAAACAGAUAUACUAAUUUUGUGUUUCCAUUCCAUGGGUACUGAAAGCCAUCUCUACCUAACCCAGGUGGUCAUUACUCUGUAAACCUAGAUGCUGAGUUUUGCCAAGCUGUCUCAGUUCAGCACAGCUAAACCCAGUGGCUCUUUCAGUUGGUGUGCACAUACAUUAUGCAUUUUCUGACAUGAUUGGAUGGGAGAUUGGUAAUAGUAACUCCAUUCUCACCCACCCCAAAAAUCAGUGCAAAUAGCACCCGCAAAAAGAGAGGGUGAAUGACCGCAGAUCAGAGCUCAAACUUCAGAUUGUGCUCUCUGUGGCUCACUACAACACCAAGCAGGGCAUAACCUUUUCAGUUUAACAUGAAAAUCUAGGAGGUAGCAUGUUUACUGGCCAUUGGGGGGGUGGUUUAGUAAGUUUGGACAAGGCCAUUAUGGUAAUACAUGUAUGUGAACUGUUGGAAUAAGAGAUGAUAGAUUCAAUAUCUAUUUGUAAACAUUGGACUAUGUAUUUUAUCUUGCCACAUUUCAGCUGUCAUAAACAGAGACCAUCACUGUCAUGUUUUGGGAGAGGGUGGAAUAAGUAUAUAGAAAUAAAAGCAUAUUUGGAUUAUACAGGUAUACUCUCCAGCUUCAGAACAUAUUGGAGCUGCAACCUUAAAAUCAGGAUGUGUUUCUAAACAUUGUUUCUGUAAGAUUAAAGUUUGAACAAAACCUAUAAAAUAAUACUUUCAAAUACUGUGCAGCAAUAUUCCUAUCCUGAUCAAACAGUACGUCCUUUAAGUUAUUUGUCACAGGAUUCUCUAUAUUAUAAUAUAAAAACAA